AUGCCUGCUGUUCCUGGGCGUUUCUCUACCUCGAAGAAGUCCCCUCCAUGGACCGGCGACCAGCAGAUCAACCCAGGAUGGCUUGGCCCACGGGGCUGCCAGCAUUACAGCGACCGGUGGAUGCAUCAUUUUAGCGGGCCUACAGACAUACCCUUCUCGGAUUUCGUUCUGAAGGCUUGUGACAGCUUAGAUGCCGAUGUGCUUGCUCAGAUCGAGUGUGCGUGUGCUUUUGACCUCCUCCCUCACAGGAAGGCAGAUAGGCCAGCAGACGCAGUUCUCUUGGCACUCCCCACUUGGGUGCCUUCCUUUGGGGACACCACGGGCAGGAGCAGAUUAAGCUCCGUCCUGCGGGCUUUUGCAUGUUGGAAGCCGGAGGUGGGGUAUCAGCCUGUGCUCGCGCUGCUGGCAGCGCACAUCAUGUCGGUGGCAGGCAAUCAGCGAGUGACCUUUCAGGCUUUGGUGGCCGUGUACCGAAGGUAUCGUCUGCAAGACUACUUCCAGGGGGCGGGCACACAGGAAGCAAUCAGGCUCGAUGCGGCCAAGGUUUGGAAUGCAGCAUGUGUGCAGUUUCCUGACUUGGCCGACGCGUUUGUCCGCUUCAACCAGACGGAGCUGUUUCAUUCCACGGUGUCGUGGCUGCUUUCAACGUUGCUGACUCAGACCUGCCAACCCGGCGCCCAGGCCUUCGAAUGUCACGUUCGGCUGCUGGACUGCUUCCUGCUUCCGGCUGGGGAUUACGACCGAGAAGAUCCUCGAGCACAGCUUCGUCGACUGGUGCUGCACAUCAUGGCAAGGCAUCAGAAUGAUUUCCUGCAAUGCGGCUGCGAGGAUGAGCUCACAGCUGCGGCCAAGGAUAUCCAGCAAUUUGUUCGCGUGGACGACGUCCUGAUCCAAAUGCUGAAUGGCCAGCAGGAGAUGACCGAGAUGCCUGAUGGCAUGCUGUGGGCAGCGAUCAUGGCCGGCGUGGGUGCUGCCCUGACCAACGACAUGUCAACUGCCUUGGGUUUAGGAGCGCACGUCGCCUUGACCUGUGGUAGUGCUGCCGGCUUCGCCUACGGAGCCUUGAAGGCGGCGGUGCUCACGAACCGAGCUUGGUUUCUUCACGGCCAUGACUCGGAGGACUCAAGUGAUUCGUACCAGGAUGUGUAG